UUAGGCCUGUUCCUGAUUUUGGAGAUGAUAUUUCACUACGAAUAACAAAACCAGAAAACUGUUGAAUUUAAUGUGAUCCUUAUUCUCCUUAAUUUUGUUCAGAGAUUUCGGAAAAAUGUCCACAUUAAGACCCUCUUUAAUAUUUGUGUAUAUUUAUUAAAUACAUACCUACUAUUGUAAUGGUUAUAUCUGUUUUUUAAAUAUAUUUUUGUUUCUUUCAUUAUUAGAUUAAAAUGGAAUCUGUCAUAAAACAGGAAGUACCAGUUAGAACCCCUGAACAGACCAGAUCUACUAAUGUGCCUUUGGAACCUGUGCAACAACAGCCACCUAAUAGAAAUACCCAGAACAUACCUUCAGAAAUAGAGAUGGUGGAACAUUUAAACAACAUUAUGAGUACAAGAAUCGAAGAUUUAGCCACCAAGAUAGCGUACAAUGCCCACAUAUUGACAAUACAAAAGAGAAAGUUAGAAGAGGGAAUUAGCUUUAAAAAACAUUUAAAAAUGAGAAAAAGACAAAUGCUAUUAGAAAGAAGAACAAAUGGCAUAUAAUUUGAUCUUUGGAA